AUGGCGGCUAUGUAUCGACUGAAAACACUCAUUUCUAUAUCGGCAGGUCUGGCAGAUGUGAUUACAAGGGCCAUGACGUGGACAAAGGAGAACGUGACGGUCAACAAACUUGAAACGUCAAGAGAGAGAUCAGGACAAUCAGUAGAAAAAGAGGCCGUUGAAGGAAAUGAGAAACUCUCGAAGGAAUCUGAAGUCAAACAACGACAAAAAAUUGUAAAUUGGAAAGAAGUGAUGCCGCUUGAAGGUGAGGAUAAAACUCAAAGACAGGAGGAUGUGAAAGUAGAGAAAUCGAGGAAAAAAACGGAAGCCGAGGGAAGAACGCCAAAAAGAAAUAUGUUCUCUUCUCACAUUGCCGAGUACUCCGUUGGUGAAGCAGUUGAAUGGCUUAGAAAUUUCUCUGGACUUAUAGGGCGUACGGCCAGCCGUGGCAAAUACGUUUCCAGAGGGGAAAUCGCAAGGUCCGCAUUCAUUGCUCUUCCUUAUGAAGACUAUAGUGAAGUGAUCAAUGCUCCUACAAAUCCGGCAAAAACAGCUUUUUUCGAAGCUUUAAUGGACCCGAUACAAUAUCCGGAAUGGUUCACAGACUCUGACAUGAAACCAUGGAAAACUAUCUUGCUCUAUGGCCCACCAGGCACAGCAACAGUCGUCUUUAUCGAUGAAGUAGACAGCCUCUGUCGCACAAGGUGUGCCAGCGAGGAUGACGCCAAUCGGCGAGUGAAAACAGAAUUGCUUGUACAAAUGCAACGUCUUCAAACAACUUCGGAUGUCGUAUUGGUUUGCGCGACGAAUUGCCCAUGGGAUCUCGAUCCGGCUUUUUUGAGAAGAUUUGAGAAAAAGAUAUACGUUGGACUUCCUGAUCUUCAAUCUAGAAUUGUAAUGCUUAAAGCACGUCUUCAGAAUACAACAAUGGAUCCGAGUGUGUCUAUGGAAUGGAUUGGUAAUGUUACGAACGGUUUUAGUGGAGAUGACAUUCGUCGGUUCGCUAUUGAAUUGGCCUAUACUCAAUUUAGAUAUUAUAAGGUGCGAUCUACAUUGAAGAUCCUAUUGAUUUUACUGUUAUAUCGUUGUUACAUCUGGUUCAUUCGAUCUAAACGUAAUCAAAUUUUUUACAGAUGUGAUCAGAAUCAUUUCUUAUCUCAUCGGGGGUGGGGGGUGACUCCCUCUGCAUGGAAUUUCUGA